AUGCAAAAAUCAGUCAAAGGUAGUGCGAUAGUGGAUCACUUCGCCAAUAAUCCUUUAAGGGAUGACCAAUUAUUAGAUUUUAAAUUUCCUGAUGAAGGCAUAUGCACUGCAGAAGAAGAUUGUGAUGAAGGAAAUGAUGAAAAGCAAGAAUGGGAAAUGUAUUUUGAUGGAGCCGCCAACAUGCAUGGAAAUGGGGUAGGAGCGGUGAUUGUUUCACUAGAGGGGAAACAAUUUCCAGUGGCCAUUAAAUUAGAAUUUGAUUGCACUAAUAACAUAGUAGAAUAUGAAGCUUGUGUUAAUGGUCUUCGAGCAGUUACUACCCUUGGCAUACGAUGUUUGAAGGUGUUUGGUGAUUCAAUUCUCAUUAUUCAUCAAGUAACGAGAGAAUGGAGAAUAAAGGAUGUAAAAUUGAUUCCCUAUCAAGAACUCUUAACAGAUUUGAUUAAGCAAUUUGAGGUUGUUAGCUUUCAUCACUUGACUCAAAAUAAAAAUCAUUUUGCUAAUGCUUUGGCCACUUUAAUAGAAAUGAUUCAACUUGAUUAUGGAGUCCAUGUCCAACCCAUUCGAGUAGAAGUUAGAAGCUUUCCAGCAUAUUGUCUGAAUGUUGAACAAGAUCAAGAAGAACAUCCUUGGUUCUAG